AAGGAGAGAUAAUGAGGGAGAGACGGGGACACGGGGCACAGAGAGGGGGGACGCAGCCUCUGCACGCGGGAGACCAAGUCCCAGAGAAGGAGAGACAGACGGGCAGGCAGUCCCCGUGGUAGGACAGAGCCAGGCUUGGGUACCGCGUGCUCCAGUGUUUACAUGCGGUUCCUGGGGGGUUGUGAAACGGGUAGUCUUCGCAGAUGCCCGCUCCUCUGUUCUCUGCCCCCAAUACUAGCCCCUGGGAACCAACAGUGGAAAGACCCCAGCCACAAGGCGACAAAGCACAGCCAGGGUGGGAGGGCCACAGUCCGCCUGGGCAAGCCACCGGGCCCCUUCCUGGACAGAGCAUCUCACCAGUGCUUUCACUUUCAGCGGUGAGCCCCAGAACUGGGGGGAUGGCACUGGUGAUCAGCACUCACCGGGACCCCUCAGAAGAGAUGGGGCGGAGGAGGGAGACAUGAGGUGGGACCCUUGUCCUCCCCUCCACACCUGCACCGCACUCCAACCAAGUGACGGUAAAGGUGGGGCAGCCUCAUAGCCUCUUUGUGCCACCUGGUGGCGAUAAGGAAGAAAGACAAGAGCAAGUGACCGCGAUGAGAAGGGGAGAGAACUCGCAGAGCCACAAUUGCCACUACCUCCUCGCCUGCUGGGCUGGGCGUGAGUCACUUCCCGGGCAGCAAACUCUGGAAAAGGCUGUGCAGAGUAGUGCUCUGCUUUCCAUGCCCCAACCAGCCAGGCCUUCCCAGAAGGAGAGAGCUGGGCAGCUGAAGCCAGAAGCUCGUUCUUGGCCUCUAGACCCACAAGGAAUCACGUCCUUUUCAAAUACUCAUGGCAGAAGAAGGGGCUGUCUUCAAGAUGACCAGUGACCUGAAGGCUGUCAUCUCUGCCAUCCUCCAGGGCUAUGGGGGUGGGCAGCAGCCGGUGACAGACACCAGUGCUGAACUGCACAGACUCUGUGGCUGCCUGGAGCAAGUGCUGCAGUUUGACCAGAAAGAGCAGAAGAGCUUCCUGAGGCCUCGGAAGGAUUACUGGGACUUCCUCUGCACAGCCCUGUGGCGGCAGCGGGGCGACAUGGAGCCAGUCCACUUUGUCCACUCACAGGACAAGUUGAAGACCCCGCUGGGAAAAGGCCGAGCCUUCAUCCGCUUCUGUCUCGCCCGUGGACAGCUGGCCGAGUCCCUGCAGCUCUGCCUCCUGAACCCAGAGCUAACCAGGGAGUGGUAUGGCCCCCGGAGCCCUCUGCUGUGCCCUGAACUCCAGGAAGACAUCCUGGACUCCCUCUAUGCUCUCAACGAGGUGACCUUCGACUUGGACCUGCAACGGCCAGACUUGGAUGGAGCCUGGCCCAUGUUCUCAGAGUCCCGCUGCUCCAAUUCCAACUGGACCCCGGGAAGAAGACCCAGAAAGAUCAAAGAUUCCCCUAAGGAGAUCUCACCCACAUAUGGAGACCCCACAGGAGGCCACCCAGAGGAGCCACAUACCAGGCAAGCCAGUUCCCUGCGAGAUGCACCCAGGGAAGACAGGUUGGCUGGACUCCCCAGGUCCCAGCAACCCAAGCAUCAACCCCUCUUUUUGGAAAAGAAGAAAGAAGAUCCCAGGAGGCUUGGGCCUCCCCAGAGCAUGUGGGAACUAGAGGGGGAGGAGCUUCAGCAAAACCAGGAGAAAGGAGCUCCAAGGACGGGGAUGUGCCUGGAGAACUCAACACCUAGCAUCCAGGGACAGGGCAAGGGGGCCAAAGGGACUCUGAAGGAGGUGAUAGGGACAGAUACUGAGGGCAGGGGGGUUUUGCUGAGUGCAGAGGGCCAGAGAACAAUAGAUGGAACUUAUGAAGGGGAAGCAGAGAGGAGUCAUACCCAUAGGCUGCUGGCCUCCAGCCCCAAAGAGAUGAUAAGGGAUGCAAUGUCAGGGAGCCGUCAGGGCGGGAAAGUGCCCAGCAGCCCCAGGGAGUUCUGGGUCCUUCAGGGCCUGGAAACAAAGGAAGGCUCCACCACGGAGAAGCCCCAAGAGCAAAUAGGAGUGACCAAUGCAACCAGGAGAGAGGAACAAGCAGAGAUGGCCUUGCAGGAUGUGGUCAAGAGUCUCAGACAUGGGCUGCAGAAAACCAAGGAGCAGGCCCAGCACCAGGAACAGCUGCUGAAGGAGCAGGAAGGGGAGCUGAAGGCACUGCAGGAACAGCUCAACAGGUGUCAGGAAGAGAGGGCCCGGCUACAGGCGGAGCUGGAGCACAAGCAACAGGAGGCUGAAAGGAAGGGUGCCAUGUAUGAGGAGGAGCUUGGCGGGCAGCGGGACCUGGUCCAGGCCAUGAAGAGGCGGGUGCUGGAGCUGAUUCAAGAGAAGGAUAACCUGUGGCAGAAGGUCCAGCAUCUCUCUUCCUUGGCCCCUGGAUGCUGUGUUGUCUGUAACAAGAUCUUUGGUCGGCUGUCUCGGCGGUACCUGUGCAGGCUUUGCGGAGGCCUGGUUUGCCAUGCCUGCUCUGUGGAUUUUAAGAAGAAGGAGUGCCACUGCCCACCCUGCUCCCAGAGGAGAGAAGCCCAAGUCCUCUGACUGAGACCUACCCACCCCACCUGAUCGGCCGUCCCCUCGGCCCUUCCCAGCCCUCUUGUCUGACCAGUCCUGCUUUCUAGAAGUUGGCCAUCUAACGUGGACAGCACUUGAGUGGACAGACCGUGGUGUGGAGGAUGGAAGGAGCCGGGCUGGCAGUCAGGAAAGAGGUUCUAACCCUGCAUCUCCCACUGGGUGACUUUGGCAAAGCUGUCAGGCUUUUUCCAUAACAUGAGGGAGUGGGCACCACCCUCUCUAAAGUCCCUGCAGGCUCAAAGUCCUUGUCCAAGAAUAAGGCCCGGUGGCCCUGACGUUUCUCCUCUGCACUCCCUUCUCAGCCAGCCCAUCCUUCAUGAUACAUGGGAGCUUCCUGUCUGCUGUCUCCUUCGGAGGUCUGCUUUCAUUCUAAACAGCUUUCUUUAGGUACUAUUAAUGUAUAAUACACUUCACAUAAACCUGAUGAGUACAGUCUGAUGAGUUUUGCCUUUAAUAUACACCCUGAAGCCAUCACCAUAUUCAAAAUAAUAGACACACCCAUCAGCCCCGUUUCCUUGUGCCCUUUGUCAUCUCUCCCUCCCCCCACCUCUCCCCAUCCCCGGGCAGCCACUUACUUGCUUUCUGUCAUUAGAGACUAGUUUGCAUUUUCUAGAAUUUUGUAUAAAUGGAAUCAUACAGUAUAUACUCCUUAUUAUCUGCCCUCUUUCACUUGGCAUCAUUAUUUUAUCAUCCGUGUUGUAGCAUAUAUCAAGUUCCUUUUUACUGUUGAGUAGUAUUCCACUGCAUGGAUAUAUCCCAAUUUAUUUACACAUUCACCUGUUGUUGAUACUUGGGUUGUUUCUAAU